CCUGUGCAGCCCUCCAGCAGUCCAGCGGACCGCCUCUCAGCACCAUGAUGCGGAAUUACUUCGGGUUCUCCCUCACCAGGAGCAAUGGGUCAGACGCGGACACAGUGCCCCUCAACAACCCGGCAGAUAUAUCCGUUAUUGUGAUUUACUUUCUGGUUGUUCUGGGUGUUGGAGUAUGGGCUAUGGUGCGCUCCAACCGAUCCACGGUGGGCGGGUUUUUCCUGGCAGGGCGGAGCAUGGUGUGGUGGCCGAUUGGAGCAUCUCUGUUUGCAAGUAACAUUGGCAGUGGACACUUCGUAGGACUUGCUGGGACUGCUGCUGCUACAGGAAUAGCCAUUGGUGGAUUUGAAUGGAAUGCCCUCAUAGUGGUGGUCAUUCUCGGAUGGGUCUUUGUGCCAAUCUAUAUCAAAGCUGGGAUUGUGACCAUGCCAGAGUAUCUGAAGAAGAGGUUUGGAGGACAACGCAUCCGUAUCUACCUCUCUGUGCUGUCACUUUUUCUGUAUGUUUUUACCAAGAUCUCAGCAGAUAUGUUCUCUGGUGCCAUCUUUAUUAACCAGGCUCUUAAACUGAAUAUCUACGUUGCUGUCAUAGCACUGCUCCUGAUCACAGCUCUCUACACAGUCACAGGUGGACUUGCUGCAGUGAUCUACACAGACACCUUACAGACCAUCAUCAUGAUUGUUGGAUCCUUCAUCCUCAUGGGCUUUGCUUUUCAUGAAGUGGGAGGCUAUGAGAACUUCCAGACGAGCUACAUGGCAGCUGUCCCCUCUGUCACCACGAACAUCAGCGAGACCUGCUUCACGCCUCGGGCAGAUUCGUUUCAUAUCUUCCGGAAUGCAGUAACAGGAGACUUGCCUUGGCCAGGCCUGGUGUUUGGACUCACGAUACAGGCUACCUGGUACUGGUGCACUGAUCAGGUGAUUGUCCAGCGCUGUCUCUCGGCGAAGAAUAUGUCUCACGUGAAGGCUGGCUGCAUCUUGUGCGGCUACCUGAAGCUGCUUCCUAUGUUUCUCAUGGUUUUCCCUGGCAUGAUCAGCAGGAUCCUCUAUCCCGAUGAAGUGGCGUGCGUCGAACCAAGUGAGUGUAACAAAUACUGUGGGGCUAGUGUUGGCUGCAGCAACAUCGCCUAUCCCAAAUUAGUCGUGGACCUCAUGCCUGAUGGUCUGCGAGGCCUCAUGUUGUCAGUGAUGCUGGCUUCCCUGAUGAGCUCGCUGACCUCCAUCUUCAACAGCGCCAGCACACUUUUCACUAUGGACAUCUACACCAAGUUCCGCCGCUCGGCGACGGAGAAGGAACUUAUGAUUGCUGGGAGAGUGUUCAUCUUGGUGCUGAUUGGGCUGAGCAUCGCGUGGAUCCCCGUGGUGCAGUCCGCCCAGAGCGGCCAGCUCUUCGAUUACAUCCAGUCCAUCACCAGCUAUCUCACCCCACCCAUCGCUGCGCUCUUCAUGCUUGCCAUUUUCUGCAAACGUGUUAACGAGACUGGAGCAUUUUAUGGUCUUUUGAUAGGCCUUUUUAUUGGUCUGUCCAGGAUGAUCGCUGAGUUUGCCUAUGGGACAGGUACCUGCGUUGAUCCCGGAAACUGUCCCACAAUUAUCUGCGGAGUCCACUACCUCUACUUCUCCAUCAUCCUGUUUGUUAUCUCCUGUAUCAUUAUCUUGAGCGUCUCUCUGAUGACCAAACCCAUUGAGGAUAAACAUUUGUACCGCUUGUGCUGGACCUUGAGAAACUCCAAGGAGGAGAGGGUCGACUUGGAAGAGGAUGACUGGGUUGAAAACCAAGACGUCCACUCUAUGACUGAAGAAGAACCUGCCCAAAAGCAGAAUCUCUGCAAGAAGGCGGUGAUGUGCUUCUGUGGGUUGGAGCAGAAGAAAGCACCCAAGCUGAGUCCAGAGGAGCAGGCUGAACUACAGAAGAAACUGACCGACACCACAGAGACGCCAAUAUGGCGUAAUAUUGUCAACGCUAAUGCCCUGAUUCUCCUCUGUGUGGCGGUUUUCUUCCAUGGCUUCUAUGGUUAACGUAUUUGCUGAGCCUGGUCAUGUAGUGACUCAGGUUUGAAACAACACCUCAUGAACCGUUCCGUCUAAUUGGUGGAUGCACAUUUAGAUGAUUGCAGUUUACAUAAAUGUCACGUCAUGGCUGAAUGGCUGAUGGAAAAACGAAUAGCAACGAUGCUAAAAAAGGAUAAUUAUGACUACCUAUCUGCUUUAUCAGGUAUAUUUGCAGAACCCUUCCGUUGGCUAUGCAAAAUGUGCAGCCGCACAGGGCCUUGCGCCUGGCCUUUUUUAUUUAUUUUUUCUGUUUUAACAUAUAAUUUUUUUAUGACUGUUCUUGACUUAACAUGCUCCCAAAAUGUAAUUCUUGUGUGUCAAUUCCGUUAUGAAUAGUCAAGGUCACAUGAAAAAAAAAACCCCAACAGAUUAUUCAGUUUUUUUUUCAUUUUUGAUAUCGCGUCAUUAUGUAGUGCAAGAAGAAGGACAGGAGGCAGAUUGAAAUGGUUUGGACAUGUGUGGGGGAGAGAUGCUGGGUAUAUUGGGAGAAGGAUGCUGAAUAUGGAGCUGCCAGGGAAGAGGAAAAGAGGAAGGCCAAAGAGGAGGUUUAUGGAUGUGGUGAGGGAGGACAUGCAGGUGGCUGGUGUGACAGAGGAAGAUGCCGAAGACAGGAAGAGAUGAUUCGCUGUGGUGACCCCUCACGAGAGCAGCCGAAAGUAGUAGUAGUAGUGGUAGUUAGUAGUAGCAGCAGUAGUAGUGGUAGUUAGUAGUUAGUAGUAGUAGUAGUAGUAGUAGUGGCAGCAGCAGUAGCAGCAGUAGUAGUAGUAGUUAGUAGUAAUAGUAGUAGUAGCAGCAGCAGCAGUAGUAGCAGUAGUAGUGGUAGUAGUAGUAGUAGCAGCAGCAGCAGUAGUAGAUGUAGUGUGUGCUCCAUCUUGCCGCUCACUGCGAGGAAGAAGGAAAAGGGGAAACAAUGUCGACUGCACAAGAGUGCGACUGAGAAAAGGAAAAAAAUGAAAAAGAAGGAAGAAUGUCAUGCGUCACUGCGAGUAUCGCUGGAUAAAUUUGUCAACACUUCCAGAGAUGCGGUGGCUGCGCAGCUCUACAAAGCUGGCAGGUGCAUGUGACCGUAGGCUACAUGUAAUGACCGGUCUGAAAAAUUAUACUUCUUGUUAAGUACUUCUCGGCAAUUAAACUCCUUAAAACAAUAGACGAUACUGAGCAGCAAGUCAUCAUCUGAAAUCAUGUUUCUGCCGACUCUCGGUUUGUAAUGUGACAAAAAACAGAGGCUCCAUAUUGAAUGUUAAACAUUUUGGAAUCUGAGUACCUAUUAUAGCCCUAACAUUUUUCAUAGUUCACUGUAAUUAAUAAACAACAACCAAUUGAUAAACAAUAUUGAUAAAUAAUUAUGUAGUUAUUGUCAGUGUAAUUAAUAAAUAAUAUUAUUACGUAAAAUAAACAAAUGAAAACUUGUGAUGUUUCAGUGAUGAAACAAGAACAUGAGGAAACUAUAUAUUUUGCACUGUUAAAUAUAUAUCCUUACAUAUGAAGCAUUUGAUGUUUCAUUUUUUUUAUUUUGAUAGAUCUAUAAAUAUCAAUAUAGUGAAUAUGAACAUCCAACUUCCAAUAUUUAUGGAAUUUCAUGUACAGCGGCAUUUCCUUGCUUUAUUCACAGCAAUUUGGAGACCACUGUCAACAAAAUAAUUUCUUUGAAAGUCCAAAUGAUGUUUCCAUUGGUCUGUUUUCCCUAAAUUAAAGCGGCUGUAGACAAGUUUCAACUUUAACCCCAAAGAGUUUCAUUUUGUUUGCACCACUGUUGCAAAGACAACCGGGUUGCGUUCCAUUCAUUAGCACCCUGGCUACUGUCCAAAGCAAGAAGCAAACAUAUACGUAAAUCCCACUAUGAAUCCAAAACCCCGAUCAAAGUGCUAUAAUAAAGGCAGAGUAAAAAAUGCGGUACUAUUAAUAAGUAGGCGGGUUGUGUUACUUACUGAUCCAGUAGAGAGAAUGCCAGCUGAAGGUCGGUUUGGAACCCUCUCAAGUCAAGAGUACUGAACUCUGUUUCCUCCUAGCCAGAGAUCGAUUGAAUAACCUUAACCUAACCUUAACCUCAGUCUAACCCUAACCUAACCUCAACCUAACCCUAAAGCUUACCUUAACCUAAUCGUAAAUGAUAGCUAACCUGUUGCCAUGCAAAUGCGUUCAUCUGGCUAGGGAAAACAGAUUUCGACAGGGAAAUAGAGUUUGAUACAACACUGGAGCUCACUCCAUCAAGUGAAUGCCUGUCUGAGGUUCACUCUUGUUUUCCCUAUGUUUCACUCUCCCUCUUUGCCUCCUCUGUCAACAGGGUUCUUUUUCUCUUGCCUGGCAGAGUUUCUAUUGUCACUUCAGUUGUUCCACCGUCCGCCAUUUCCGCUACUGGGGAUAGCUACUUAUACAUACAUGGAAAAACAAAAGCGCUACAUUCUUCCCAUUUUGGUUUUGGCAAUGGUUGACGCACUUCCUUUGUGCCAUAAGUCUAGUCUUUAUUUUCCCAUGAGGUCGUACUGUGUGGCAAACAAAAUUUCAUAGUGAAAGUGAGGCUUAUAGGGAACCAAUCUAAAUGCUAAUGGUAUCAUUAUUCUACAGCAUUACACUGUGCAUUCAACAUUUACCUCCUAAUGGUUAAUGUUAAGUUAAAGCCAAAAGGUUGUCUAUUGCUGCUUUAAAACAUCACUUUAUAGAACAAUAAUGUAAUGACGGAAUUCAAGCUGUAAAAAUCUCAAAAUGCAUGCAUGGACUUCAUAAUGAAGCCCUGCAGAUGGUUUCAUGCAUGUUGACACUACCAUCUGAAUUCAAUUCUGAAUUCAGUCUAGAUGAUAAAUUAUGGUUGAUAGCUUUUAGUAUGUAUUCAACAUGCAACCUGACAAUCACUUAUUCUAAAUCACAUGUGCAACAUUCUCUCAUCAUGUGCACUCAAGGCCAUCAGCAAUGAAAUUUCCUCAUUCACUGAACUGGUGUUGAUCUUGGUGUUAAUGAAUAAUGUCUCAAGGAUGUAGGUCUGUGAAACCUUGUACAACCAUUACACAAAUCACAAUGUACUCUUGAACUUCCUUUACUUUAGUGGUUUAUAUUUGCACCUCGUAAUAUGCUACUACAAACCUGCUGUGUUUCUUAAUUUCACAAUGUUAAUCUUACCCGGCCCGGACACGGAAAGGAUUGACAGAUUGAUAGCUUUUUUUUUUACAAUGACGUCUCACCUGUAAAUAGCCAGGAACGCCACAUUAGCCAAAUAAUAGCAGCUAACGCUGCUUAUCGGUUACUUUAGAUAUUAGUCUCCAUCUAAACCAGGUAUUCCAAAGAGUAGAUAGAUAACUUACCUGAUAUAAAAUGGACACUGCAAACGCCAGCAUUUUUUAUCGGGUCCUCAGUCCAGUUUUCAUCAAUGCGUUUGAUGGCUUGCAACCACAGGCGCCUCCGGUUGCUCUGAAAUGGCCGUGAUCCCGUCGGAAUCGGGUAAAACUUCUGUCCGCUGUUGGUAGAGUAGCGAUUCGUACAGCCAAACACACAAGAAGUGAACCUUUUGGUUAUACUUCUGAAUAAACUUUGUAAGCUCGUCUUCCUCGUCUGAAUCCGUGAAUGAAUGGGAGACUUGGGGGUAGCAUUUCACUUCCGUUGCCUAAAUGCGCGCGCGUACUUUCAAUGACGUAGGCUGUAAACGGGUCUGUAGCGAUAAACUGACCACUGCAUUGUGCACCAAAUGUUUUCAGAACUCAUCAGUGAUGUUUACUUUUAUUUUUCUACUGUUAACAUUGUGUGGGUGUGUUAAUACUGAAUAUUACUUAAUAAAAAUCAUUGAUUAAAAACCCAUUUAUUGGGCGUCCGGGUGGCAUGGUGGGUUAUUCCGUCGCCUACCAACACGGGGAUCCCCGGUUCGCAUCCCUGUGUUACCUCCGGCUUGGUCGGGCGUCCCUACAGGCACAACUGGACGUGUUUGCGGGUGGUGAGCCGGAUGUGGGUAUGUGUCCUGACCGGUCGCGAAUAUUUUUUUUCCUAGGAUGAAUCCGGAAAGUUCCGACCUCAGGCACUAGGAUUGGCCAAAUCUGCCUGUCAGUCAACGCCGAUGCGGCUGUUCUGGAAAGUAACGUUGUUACCGUACACACAAAGUUAAGUUGGCACAGUUAGCUUGGUUGCAAACGUGGCUAAUGGCUAACAGUUAGCUAGCAAACGUGGCCAGGGUUAGGGUUAGGGUUGUUGCGCGUUCGCAUCGGCAUUGAUUGACAGGCAGAUCUGGCCAAUCCUAGCGCCUGAGCGCGGGAACUUUCCGUACUGAUCCUAGGAAAAAAAAUAUUUGCGUCCUGGUUGCUGCACUAACGCCUUCCUCUGGUCG